AUGUAUUCAAAUUUUUUAAUUUCUAAUGAAGUUCAAUUUUGGCUAUUUUUAACUGCAUUUAUUCCAUCUGUUGGCUGUUCGAUCUUUGUCCUUUACCACUUAAUAUCUAAUCGAACUCAACGUCAUGCCAUCAACAAUCGAGUUAUUAUCGUUCUUAUAUCCAAUAACCUGAUCUAUGAGCUUAUUGAUAUCCCAUUGUUUCUCAACUAUUAUCGUUUAGAGGCUGUCUGGCCUAAUACGCCAGGUUUAUGUUUAAUGUGGAUUUUCAUUGAUGAAGCACUGUAUUCUAUUUCAACGGUAGUUCUUGCUUGGGCAUCCAUUGAACGACAUAUUCUUAUUUUUCACAAUCGAUGGUGGUCGAGCACUAGAAGACGUCGCCUUAUUCAUUUUAUUCCUUUAGUAUCACUCGUAUUCUAUAUAAUUAUAUUCCAUACUGUCUUUAUUCUACUACCACUCUGUGAAAAUACGUAUGACUAUACACAGGAGCUGUGUGGUCAUAAAAUUUGUUUACACAAUACAAAGAUUGUUGGCACAUGGGAUAGUAUUAUGAAUGAUAUUUUGCCAACGCUAAUAAUUGUUGGCUUUAGCAUUGCUCUUCUAGUUCGUGUUCUCCUCCAAAAUCGUCGCGUCCAUCAACAUAUUCAAUGGCGAAAACAUCGAAAAAUGGCAAUUCAGUUAUUGUCGAUUUCUAUUCUCUAUUCUUUGCUUUACAUUCCAAUAAUGUGCAUUGUAUUGGCACAACUAUGCUGUAUAUCCCAAGAUAGCGGUGACAUUUUUAUACAAUAUGGGAGAUUCUUUUCUUAUUACGUUACAUUUCUCCUUCCAUUUGUAUGUUUUAUUACAUUAUCUAAAUGUUCAUACAAAUUCAAGGACAUGUUCCCAAAUUGGCACCGGCCAGCACGAUUGAUUCAUCCUAUGCCGUUGCCAAUGAUGACAGUUGCAGCAGAACGGCCAAAUAUAAUGUAA